AUGGACUUUGACGACUUGUUUCUUCGUUUGUUCAGUGUCACUUUUGUUCUAGUAGAGGCUAAGAAUGGUUGUAAAGAGUUUGACUACUUUCCCUGCAUCAAAAACAAAACCCUCACAGGUCACGUGAUCAAGUCCCUCAAAGUCAUAGUUCCCGGAUUAACGAUUUGCCAAAGCAAAUGUUUCACUGAAAGCCAGUGCGUGUCGUACAACUUGGGUCCAGUAGACGGUCAGAUCAGGACGUGUGAGUUGAGUGCUGAUCACUGGAUGCGACCCAAGUUCUUGAUCUCCAAAGAAGGUUUUGAGUACUGCUCGAUUAAGAAUCCUUGUUCGUCAAAUCCUUGUCCUGCAGAUAGACUUUGUACACCUGAUUUCAGUUGGGAUACGUUCAGAUGUGAUGACGGCGGCUGGACACAGUGGGGUUCAUGGAGUCCAUGUUGUAUAAAUGGAAAGCAGAACAGAACUAGAAGCUGCUCAAAUCCCSCUCGUCAAAACAAUGGCGCGAGUUGUGUUGGAGAACACGAGGAGACCGCAAAAGGGUGCACAACCAAAAAUGAAUUCAAGCGUAUUGGCUGCUUUAAGGACAGAUAUUAUGAUCGCGCAUUACCUGAAUUUCUAAACGCUGGAGACAAACCAUUCAGCAUUUGUAGAUGUGGACUUAAGGCCCAGGACAAAGGCUACCAGCUGUUCUCUGUCCAAUAUCAUGGCAAUGGUUGUUGGAGUGGUGCAUCUGCUAAUAAAACCUACAAUAAGUAUGGACCAGCAUCUAAUUGCCCCCCAUCUGGACUGGGAGGAGGACAAUCUAAUGAUGUAUAUCAAAUUAUAAAAAUCCCUUGAUAUUCAGAAGACACUUGAGCGGCCGUGAUUCACUCCGUCAUUGUUUCAUUCGCACAUUUUAACGUGGAUGUACAAUACAAUGCAUAGAUUUGCAUAAAUUUGAACAGUCCUCUUACAGGAGAAUUAUGAAGUAGCAAGUCUUUUCAUUACAUUUGACAUACAGUCAGUCCCA